AUGUUGUGGUCCUCGUCUCUUGCUUCCAUUGUGGUGCUGGCAGCUUCUGCCAGUGCUCAAUUGGAUGGUGCGCAGUCGCCUCCCAGUUAUCCUUCUCCGUGGAUGAGAGGGGGGAAUGGCUGGCAGGAUGCUUAUGCAAAGGCUCAGGCGUUUGUGAGCCAGCUGACUUUGCUUGAAAAGGUCAACUUGACUACUGGUGUUGGAUGGGAAGGUGAAGCUUGCGUAGGCAACACUGGAUCUAUCCCUCGCCUGGGCUUCCGAGGUUUCUGUUUACAAGAUAGUCCUCUUGGUAUCAGAUUCGCUGAUCAAGCAUCCGCAUUCCCAUCCGGAAUGAAUGUCGCCGCAACAUGGACUACCAGACUGUUCAAGAGCCGUGGAAGAGCAAUGGGUGAUGAACAUCGAGGAAAGGGUAUUGAUGUACAACUUGGUCCUGUUGCUGGCCCUCUUGGUCGUGUCCCUGCCGGUGGACGAAACUGGGAAGGCUUCAGUCCUGACCCAGUCUUGACUGGAGUAGCAAUUGGAGAGACUAUUAAGGGUAUCCAAGACGGUGGUGUCAUUGCCAAUGCAAAGCACUACAUUAUGAACGAGCAAGAACAUAAUCGAGAGCCAAGUGGAUCAUUCGCCGCUUACUCUGCGAAUGUGGAUGACAAGACAAUGCACGAGACUUAUUUAUGGCCCUUCGCAGAUGCAGUUCACGCCGGUGUUGCGUCUAUCAUGUGCUCUUACAACCAAAUCAACAACUCCUAUGGUUCCCAGAACAGUUACACGCUCAACUACUUGUUGAAGAAUGAGUUGGACUUCCAAGGAUUUGUUGUCAGCGAUUGGUGGGCUCAACAUACCGGAGUCGCAUCUGCAUUGGCAGGUCUUGACAUGACAAUGGCUGGAGAUCAGGGCCUCGCAUCCGGAAACACAUACUGGGGUGGAAACUUGACAGCUGCUGCUAUCAAUGGCACACUUCCACAAUGGAGACUUGACGAUAUGGUUACUCGUAUUAUGGCUGCAUACUACAAAGUCGGCCGAGACACCGCACGAGUAGAUGUCAACUUCAAUUCCUGGAGUUCCGAGACAUACGGAUACAUUCAUCCACAAGCAAACGAAGGUUACCAACAAAUCAACUACCACGUCAAUGUUCAAAGCGACCAUGCUAAGCUCAUUCGCGAGAUCGGUGGCGCGUCAACUGUCAUGCUCAAGAACGUUAACAAUGCUCUUCCUCUCAAGAAGCCAAAGAGUGUGGCUGUCAUUGGUGAGGACGCCCAUGACAACCCAGGAGGACCAAACGCAUGCGGAGAUAGAGGUUGUAACACUGGUACCCUCGCAAUGGGUUGGGGUUCCGGAACUGCAAACUUCCCAUACCUCAUUGCACCUGUAACCGCUCUUCGCGCUCAAGCUGCAAAGGACCGAACCUUGUUCGCCAACGUCAGCAACAACUAUGAUUUGGAUGCCGCUGCUAAGGCUGCCUCCAACGCCUCUGUCGCUAUUGUAUUUGCCAAUGCCGAUUCAGGAGAAGCAUACAUCACCGUCGACGGAAACUCAGGAGACCGGAACAACCUUACUCUGUGGGGUAACGGAGAUGCUCUCAUCAAGAAGGUCGCAUCUGUCAACCCAAACACAAUCGUCGUUCUGCACACAGUUGGUGCUGUCAUCGUUGAAGAUCUCAAGAACAACCCAAAUGUUACAGCAAUUCUUUGGGCCGGUCUGCCAGGUCAAGAGUCUGGAAAUGCCAUCACCGAUAUCAUCUACGGUUACCGCAACCCAUCUGCUAAAUCCGUCUUCACAUGGGGCAAGAAGCGUGAAGACUGGGGAGUGGAUGUCAUCUAUACGCCAACCUCCAACCCACCUCAACUCAACUUCAACGAGGGUAACUUUAUCGAUUACCGCUACUUUGAUGCCAACAACAUUGAGCCAUCUUACGAGUUUGGUUUCGGACUCUCCUACACCAACUACUCAUACUCCAACCUCCAGAUCUCCAAGAAUGACCCAGGACCAUACCAACCAACUGUUGGCAUGACCAAGGCUGCUCCAACUCUCGGUACGAUCGAUAAAGACCCUGCCCAUGCUGAGUUCCCAACUGGAUUCCGUGCUGUCUUUAAAUACAUCUACCCAUAUCUUACCGGCCCAGUGUUGACAAAUCAACCAGAGAGCUGGCCUGCUAAGUCUCAGGAUGGAAGUCCGCAACCACGAGUCGGUGCUGGAGGAAGUGCUGGUGGAAACAGACAACUCUGGGAUGUUAUGUACACAGUCUCAUGCACUGUCACCAACACCGGCGGUGUCAAGGGUACCGAGAUCCCACAAUUGUACCUCUCUCUCGGUGCUCCAACCGACCCUAAGAUCGUCCUCCGUGGUUUCGACGAUUUGAUCCUCGAUCCAGGAGAGAGCAACACCUUCACCUACAAGUUGACGAGAAGAGAUAUCUCCAAUUGGGAUCCUGUUACCCAGAACUGGGUCAUCAGUCCUUAUCCUAAGACGGUGUAUGUUGGCGCUAGUUCGAGGGAUUUGAAGCUGAAGGGUGUUUUGCCUUGA